UGUAAAUAUUAAACCUAAUAAAUAUAUGCAAAUUAAACAUCAAUCGCAGUUUAGAAUAGCCAGUUUAACCAGUUGGGCUCGUAUAUAUUCUACAAAUAAUUUUGAGAGUUCACAUUUUGAUAUGUGA